GAAGCGACGAAGAUGGGCGGCGUCGCGGCCCUGGAGCACGCGGGCGCCGGGCUGAGGAGAGACCCUGACUUGCUCUCCGAGGCGCUGGACGCCUCGGCGCGCGCGUGCACGGCCAGGGCCUGGCAGGGCGCGGCGGGCCCGAACUGGGGCCAGCUCAUCAAGGAGAGGCCGGGGGCCUCGCCGGGCUGCGGUGCGGCGGCCACGUCGGCGAGGUCGCCGGCGAGAG